GACCCCCUGGGGGGCGGACCGCCGUCCGCGCGCACAGCACGAAAGCGCGGCGCGCGCACCAGCGGGAGAAGCCCCGCGCAGGAACCAGCUCGGUGUGCAGACCGGUAUCUAUAGCGCGCGGCUUCCCGUCGAGCCCCGACCGCCGGAUUAAGCGGGCCAGCGAGACACGCGAGAGUGCGGAGGAGGACGUUCAGGCGUCGCCAUGGCCGCGCUGUCGGGAGGAGAGACGUGCGUCAAAUACCUGAUGUUCGCCUUCAACCUGGUGUUCUGGCUUGCAGGCACCGCUGUGGCUAUAGGUUUGUGGCUAAGGCUUGACCCAAAGACCAAAGGCUUGUUUGAAGGCUCAGACUCUCCGUAUAUCCUUUACUCUGGUGUCUAUAUCCUGAUCGGCGCCGGAGCCUUGAUGAUGGUGAUGGGCUUCCUGGGGUGCUGUGGAGCCAUCCAGGAGUCUCCAUGUAUGCUGGGACUGGUGUUUCUUCUUCUUCUGCUCAUUAUUUUUGCCGUUGAAGUUGCAGCUGGAAUCUGGGAUUCUCCAACCAAAGUAGUGGAUGACAUUACGGCGUUCUACAUGAGACGUACAACAACUACAAGUCCACAGGGACGACCGGCUAAAGAGACGCUGCGGGUGAUUCAGACCGGGCUGAACUGCUGUGGCCCGACCGGUACCGUCAUCGACUCUGCCAGAGACACUUGUCCCCCGAGAAACCUGCUGGAGGAGUUCAUUACGAAGAGCUGUCCCGAUGCCAUCGAUGAGGUCUUUGACUCGAAGCUGCCGAUCAUAGGAGGAGUGGGCAUCACCAUCGGGGUAGUUCUGGUGUUUGGGAUGAUCUUCAGCAUGCUCCUGUGCUGCGCCAUCAGGAAGUCUCGAGAGGUGGUGUGAUGAAGACGCCCCGCCGUCGCAUCCCCGACCCCCUUUCGUCAAUGUUGCAUGAUGUCAUUCCUGGAUUCACACGACUCUCCACUGCCAAUAGAAACACCGUUCGUUCAGGAGGGACAACCUAAUCGAAGAGCAACACUAAUAAUCCUGAUCCUUAUAUCAUGCGCUGAGUCCGCUGUAACACUGCACGUGGAGGCUGAUGAUUUAAAGAUCAGGGAUACGUAUACUGCCCCAGCUCUUAGGACCGCUCUCCUGGACUGUAUAGAUGCGAUGUGGUUGAUAGGCCCAGCUAUAGAAUGGGCGUCAUCUGUGCUCCAGUGGAAACGUAAUACAAAAAUGUAAAAUGUGUGGUCAUUUGAUCCAAAUUGGUGUUUUGUCAAAUGUUGCGUACCGAAACGGCAGAUCAUAAAAAAAAUCUUAUCUUCA